GCUAGGGUGGUACCUUGGUGAUCAGGUUGCGGGGGUUCCAUAUGGGGUGAACAGAAUUAUGGUAUGGGGUAUGGUGGUGAUCGGGACGCUGGUAUGGGGGUAUGGCGGUCAUCAGGAUACUGGUAUGGCGUAUGGUGUGAUCAGGAUGCUAGUAAGGGGUAUGAGGUGAUCAGAAAACUGGUAUGAAGUAUGUUGGUAAUCAGGACGCUGGUAUGGGGUAUGGCGGUGAUCAGGACGCUGGUAUGGCAUAUGGCGGUGAUUAGAGUGUUAGUAUGGGGUAUGGCAUAUGGCGGUGAUCAGGAUGCUGGUAUGGGGUAUGGCGGUGAUCAGGAUGCUGAUAUGGGGUAUGGCGGUGAUCAGGAUGCUGGUAUGGGGUAUGGUGGUGAUCAUGGCGCUGGUAUGGGGUAUGGUGGUGAUCAUGGCGCUGGUAUGGGGUAUGGUGGUGAUCAUGGCGCUGGUAUGGGGUAUGGUGGUGAUCAUGGCGCUGGUAUGGGGUAUGGCGGUGAUCAGAAUGCUGGUAUGGGGGUAUGGCGGUGAUCAGGAUGCUGGUAUGGGGUAUGGCGGUGAUCAGGACGCUGGUAUGGGGUAUGACGGUGAU